AUGAGCAAAGCCAAGGUCAAGGGAAAAGAACUCGGAGGAAACUGGUUGAAUCAAAAGCUUCCAACAAACCAGAAAUAUCUGAUGCGGAGGAUGGGGAUAAUAGCAGUGGUGGAGAGCGCGUGGAAAGGGAUGGAGAAGAUGGGGAUUCCCAACAGGGGUAGGGUUCCUGCUAUCGGCAAGUGUUGGGCUAACAUCAACAGGACAAUAAUUUUAUUCGAGGAAAAAUGUACGCCAUGCUUCCUCUGCUCCCCUAUUGGAUCCAAUGGCUUCGGUGCCCCGAGGCUAGCGAGAUCUAAUAGUCCAUGGCAGUGAAAGCGAUGAAGAAACAAAAAAAGUCGUCUUCUAGCAGCCACGUUUCUAGAUUUCGCAAGCAAGUCAAAAUCGACCAGGAGAAAUUGCUUUCCACUCUGGGUGAUCAGAGAGCUCAAAUGUUUUCUACAAGCCACCAUCUACAACUCUCAAAAUUCCCGGGUUGCUGACCGUGACGCCGGGGUUAGAAAUUCGGAGGCGGCAGACUUUUCACGAUUGUUUACUGGCCUUAUUGAACAAACCCUACAAUAUCCAGCCGGGCGUGAUUCGGAAGACUUGACCGACGACCCCUCGGUGUUUGUUAAAAGCCAUCCACUUUUUAGUUAUCAAGAAUCGGUACUUUCUCUUUCGAAGACGAUCACAGAUUCUGCGGAAUCAAUUCGAAAUGCCUUUGUUCCCACGCUGGACCGUGAUCUUGAGCUUGGGAGGGGCUGGGAAAAAGACAGCACUGACGCGGUUGAUGUGCUGUUAGAGGGCCGUCAAUCAACCCAUGACAAAUUACUAGCGACGAUCGUGGAGGGGUAUAAAGGGAAUAAGGCUCAAGAAGAAUCCGAGGACGGUGAAGAUAUCGGGCAAAGGGAGUGGAAAACUACGACUCGGAAGGCUCGAAAAGGGAUUGGGAAGCUAAUGAAAAGUUUAAGUGUUCCCCUUCCGGACUCUGAGGGGUAG